AUGUAUUUCCAAAUCAUUGCAGUUGAUUACUCUGAUUCUGUGGAAAAUCCAGAAAAUUCACCAGACAGUGUAGUCAUAGAAGCUGACAUAGCUCCAACACCAAUGACUAAGUCAGUUAACGAGCCAUAUUCAUUUUCAUCUGGCUUGUCGUAUGAUUCCGACAUUAGCUCGGGGUCAAGUUAUAAAAGCUCAGAUUACAGCUUAUCAGACUGCUGGACUGAAGUGAAUCGAUGUCGGAGGAGGGACAGUGGUGGCGCAUGUAGCAAAUCGUUCUCAACUUUUGAAAUUGCUUGUUCGUGUGAUGAAGACGAGCCAUUUGCAUGCGCAUCGGAUGCUCCAAAAUGCCAGGAGGCAAGAAAUCUGUUAGAAGCAUUUAGCUUGGUUAAUUGCGACUGCCCAGAAGACAUGCGUCACCGAAAAAGAUGUUUAUUUGUCUACGAUAAACUUUUCAACAACCCGUGCGUUGAUGGAUGCAAGGACUAUUUUGUGGAACCAGAUUCGGCAUUGAAUGGAAGGAUUCUCCCGUACCAGGAUGCUAUAUCCAAGUGUACCGAAGCGGAGGAGGGUGGAUGUAUCGAUUAUUUGGUAGAACUUUCUGCUGCCUGUUACAGCAACUGUUCCCAGACUAAAUGUCAGCAGGCAACUGGAGAUUUUGUUAAACACGUUGAUCCACUGAUAUCCCAAUCAAUCCUAUUCACUGAUUGCAAUGGUUCUAAUAGUGGGCCAGAUUGUGUGGAUACAAUUUCCAAAGUCCAUCAGAAGUGUGCAAUAACAGUGACACCGACACCUAAUUGUUUGGAGCUUCCAAUCCGAUGUCAAGGCAUACUUGGUUGUCGGAAAAAGUUUCAGAAUUUUGAGAAUCAGUGUGAUCCAAAUAGAUGUAGUCAAGAUGUGUAUAAGUCGUGCCGUGCCUCAUAUACUGCUCUAUUAUCAACACCUAUUGCUAUCAACUGUACGUGCAAUCCAGAUGACGUACAUUUCUCACAAUGCCGGGUGUUUCAGCGACGCGUUUUGGAGAAUAGUUGUGUUGAUAGAUCGAUACUCUCCUUUCAAGACCCAUCAUUUGAAAAAAAGAAAGAACAUAGCAAAUGCACUGUGAAGCUUGAUGGAGACACCAGUCUACUGCACAUCAAAAUGGACACUGUUAUCCGGGUAAGAUGCCAUAUGACGUCAUUCAAUAUUAGAAUUAUAUUUUAUCUAUUAUAUAGAAGAAAACUAAUUGUUGAUAUAUAUGAAUUCCUUAACUAUAAAGGAGGUGACUACGCAAUUCUAUGGGAACUCUUAUACAAAUACUGUACAUAG